GCCGCAUGGUGUGGCGCUGCUCCCGGCGGACCUGCGGAUCCCACUCACUCCCGUCGGCCAUUCCGCUCUCCUCGCACUUGUCUUCUUCGCCCUCAUCAGGACCGGAUGCCUCGUCUGCCUCAGUUUCCUCUUCCCUGCUAGCGACCGCUUCUUCCUCACUCUCGCUCAUUGUCACUCGAGGCUCUGCAGCUCCAGGAGGGACUGGUCGGUGUGAGUGCCGCUAGCUGCUCGAGUGUGCUCGUGGGUGAAGACCUGCGCAUGCGCAGGCACUGCGCACCAAGGAACAGCUCAAUGCUUGCACGGAGGACGGAAAGAGCAGGUCGUGGGCUGAGGAUCGCUGGGGAGGGAGCUACUGUAGUGAUCGACAUAGUCUGCAGCUAUGGAGCAGCUGACGGUGACCCGAGGGAGGUGGAGAGGAGAGAGGGAGUGGAGAUGAAGCUGGGCGAGGCUCUAGAGCCGCUUUAUUUGGUUCUAGAUGAUGCUCUGGCGGCCAUGAAAGAGGGAGAGGUGUGCAGACUGGAGCCAGUCCCUCGGGCCUUGGCUGGUGACCUCCACGACCUUCCCAUUGACGUCGUCUCUCUCAGCUACACCCUGAGCCUCGUCUCCUUCACCAGAGCCAGACAGCUAUGGGAGAUGGAGACUAGCGAGAUUCUCUCACUGGCCAGUCGACACAAGGAGAGAGGAGGGAAGCUGUUUCAGGAGGGUCAAGAGGGAGCAGCUGCUGUUUGCUACUCUCGGGCAGCCAAACUAGCAGCAGCAGCAGAAGGAGGAGGAGAAGGAGAAUUCAAAGAUCUGCAGGUGGCUCUGGGUCUGAACCUGGCAGCCUGUCAACUGAAGUUGGGGCAGGCCGACCAUGCCUCCUCCAACUGUUCCCGAGUCCUGGAGCUGGACCCAGGGAACGUGAAGGCUCUGUACCGCCGCGGAGUGGCCAGAAUGAGACUGGGAGACCUGGACGAGGCAGAGGAGGACCUGAGGCAGGCGGGGAUGGGGAACACUGCUGUGCAGAGGAGACUGAGGGAACUGACUCAGCUGAAACAGCAGCAGUCAGCCAGACUGAGUCAGGCUCUGAGACCU